GAGGGCUGAGCAGCAGCCGGGAAAGAGAGCAGCCGAAGAAGGAGAAGGAGGAGGAGGCGAGGGUCUCUCUCUGUCUCUGUCUGGUCUCCGAGGGCGAUGGCGUUCCCUGAGGCCCGGAGGCCCGGGAGGAGGUGGCGCCUGCUGCUCUCCUGCCUCCUCUUGGGCUUCUCCUUCCCGCUCUUGGUGGCUCUGCUGGCGCUGCUCUGAGGAGGAUGCGGCUCCGAAGGGGAAAGGAGAGGCCGAAAUGAGCGCCAGGGAGGCGGCCUGGGCCUGAGGGCGAACGUAAGGAAGGAAGGGAGGCCUUGCCUCCGCCUUUUUGGCGCCAGAGCCGCGAAGGCAGCAGUAGGCGUUUUGUCCCUGGGCGGCCUCCGUCGAGGGUGUCGGAGGGCGAUGGGCGAAGGCAUGUCCAAGCGCCUGAAGCUGCAGCUGGGCGCCGAGGCCGAGAUGGAGGAGAGGGCCUUCGCCAACCCUUUCCCCGACUACGCCCCGAAGCAGGCCUCCCACAGACCCCCCCCAGCAGCAGCAGCCACCGACUCGGCCCCCGACGGCGACGAGGAGGAGGAGGAGGAGCAGGGCGACUACGAUCUCCCCUUCUACGGGGACGGAAAGAUCAACUCAUAUUUCAACAAGAAGGUCACGACUAAAAUUAAAGACCUGUUGCAGCAAAUGGAAGAAGGGCUAAAGACGGCAGAUCCUCACGAUUGCUCUACAUAUACUGGUUGGACAGGUAAGGUUUAUUUGACAGUAAUCAUGGAGAUGGAUUGGUUCAUUGGAGAUACUUCACUUUUUUGUCUUCAAGUGCUGGAUUCUAGGUUAAGGCUUGAUUACGUUGUGUUUCCUCACCAGUUUCCGUAUUCUGUCAUUGACUCCUUUGAUGUAAGACUUUUACAACUCCAGAGAAUAGUCCUCGCCACAGAUUCUGACCUUCCAGAUGAGCUGCUUUAUGGAAGAGCUGGUUACCUGUAUGCCUUGCUUUAUUUGAAUACUGAAAUUGGUCCUGAGACAGUACCACAGUCUAUUGUCAAAGAGGUAGUAGAUUCUAUCAUUGAAUCAGGUAAAAACCUCUCCAGAGAAGAACGAAAGAAUGAACGCUGCCCACUGUUGUAUCAGUGGCACAAAAAGCAGUAUGUUGGUGCAGCCCAUGGCAUGUCUGGGAUCUACUAUAUGCUGAUGCAGCCAGCAUCCAACGUGGAUCAGGAGACAUUGACAGAGCUGGUGAAACCAAGCAUCGACUACGUGCGUCAUAAAAAAUUCCGAUCUGGGAAUUAUCCAUCAUCUUUAAGCAACGAAACAGACAGGCUGGUGCAUUGGUGUCAUGGUGCCCCAGGAGUCAUCCAUAUGCUCAUGCAAGCAUAUAAAGUGUUCAAAGAAGAGAAAUACCUGCGGGAUGCCAUGGAAUGUAGUGAUGUCAUUUGGCAGCGAGGACUGUUGAGGAAAGGGUAUGGCAUCUGCCAUGGGACUGCAGGAAAUGGUUACUCCUUCUUAUCUCUCUAUCACCUUACUCAGGAUAAAAAGUACCUCUAUCGAGCUUGCAAGUUUGCAGAGUGGUGUCUAGAAUAUGGUGCGCAUGGGUGCCGUAUUCCCGACCGACCCUAUUCACUCUUUGAAGGUAUGGCUGGAGCAAUCCACUUCCUCUCUGAUGUAUUGGUCCCUGAGAAGUCCCGCUUCCCAGCCUUUGAACUUGGUCCUCAAAGGAAAGAAAACAAAGAGGGGGACAACAGCUAAAUGGAAACCUAACAUGAUGCCAAAAGCAACAAGACUGUUUAGUGCCUAAAGUACACUGAACCAACAGUGGAGUCUGAACAAAGAGUGAAAACAUUCUCACCUGUUCUCCAAAGGAUCAUUUUUUGUCAUUGCCACUUGAAUGAGAGAAUUCAACACCUCAAUGUCUCAUUUUAAGAGAUGCCUUUUGCUUUGGCAUAGAGCAGUCUUAGUCUUCAUUGGGGAUCUCCUUUUUCAGUUUUCACAGUUGUCUUCAGCUCUUUUGAGUGUUUGCAUGUUUCUUGGUGUUUGUAAGUGUGAGGUUUUUUCUGUUUGCUGUAAAGCUGAAAGCUAUUAUGUGACAUCCAGUCUUGUUUUUCUGUGCAUGACUGUAAUGACAAUACAGUUCUCUUCCUGCAGCUGGAUAUAUGAGCUCACAGUGGGACUGCUAUGUCUGUGGACCACAAGAAAAGAAGGAAGCAAGACAGGCAAAUGCCCAAAUUGAUUGCUCUCUUCCAAGUUCAUACUUUCAAAGUUACUGAACACAUUUUCCCUCCACAAUUUCAACAGCAAGAUUCAGCCAUACUUAAACACUUAUAAAGUCCAUCGGUUUCCAUGCUGAAAGUCAUGCAUGUGCUGAGAUCUCCUGUAUUGAGAUCAGUAGGAUUUAACUGUGCCCAGUUUCUCUCUAAAUUAAAGUGAACAAGUUUCUUCCCUUUUCCAUUGCAAAUAUUUUUUUAGCUUUUAGUUCUUCCAUAGUGAAGCACUGACAUCCACUUGAUUCUACUGGGAGAUAUUUAAACAAGUGUUAAGACUCCUCUGUUGAAAUAUCUGAGGCUGCAUUGCGUCCUUGAUUACUAAGCCUGCUUCAAAGAGAGUAGGUUAGCAUGAGCUCUCGUUUCUCUCCUUACAAAUAUCUGUGUUCAGUAUACUUUUUUAAGGAAGAAGUGUUUUUAAGCAAUCACUUUUCAAAUUUGGAAAAUGUAAGUGCUUGUUGAAAAACAAGAGCCUUUGAGCCAACUCCUUUGUUUUACAGCUUGCUGCAACUGACUAGAAUUUCUCCAGUGAUAUGGAGGAAACUUACUGAUAGAAGUAGCCAGAGCCUCUGUAAGUGAUGGCAGAUUCAGCCCAGCAGCAAAGGAAUGGUAGGCAAUGUGUUCCCAGAGUCAUUUUUGCAGUCCCUGCUGUUUUCUAGUUACUGCUACUGCUACUUCUGAAACCAUCCCACUAAAAUUUGCUAUGUUUCAGCAGAGGGCAUCAAGAACAUGUCACUCAAAAGCAGUUGUGGGAAAAGCCAGUGUCUUGACAUACUAUAUCCUGGCAGAGCUCAAUGAUGCAGUUAUAUCACAGGAAUUCAUACUGAAUUUCAGCAGCAACCGACAACUGGAAACUGGAGAUAGGAGUGCAGCCCAUGUGCAUGGGAUUCAUUGUGACCCCCUGGCCCCAUAAAGUUGUCUGAGCUUAUUACUGCUGUUGAAACUUCUCAGAUGGGACCAGCCUACCCUCCUCUGAUGAACCAUGAAACUAUAGAUCUCCCUGCUGGGUGAUAUGAGCUCCCCCAAUGUCAUGUUUCCUUCAAUAGACUUUUGUGAAACAUUUGUACAAAGAGCAUGUCACUCUCAAGCCCAAGCUUCUCAACAGUGGGGUGUUUCUCUUCUUUUUGUUCAAUUCUUCCACAUCUAAAAGAAACUGAGCAAGAUUUGCUUCACAGUGUGUACCUUUUGUGGGAGAGGUUUGAGGUAAUAAUAACCCAACUGUUUCCAGACAUUCCCAGUUAAGGAUUGAAUCCUAGUUUCAAAUGGAGAUGUUUAAAACUGGUUGCAUCAGAUUGUUCUGAUUCUGUGGUUGGUGACUACAUUGUUUUUGACUAAGAGUAAAAUGAAUGUCUGAGUUACCUUUUAUAAGAGGAGAUGGUUGAUGGAGGGUUCUGUUAUCACAGUGUUUUCUUUUUUGGAUUGUUUUUGAGUAAAUAAACACAUUCACCAAAA